UUUGCGAUGUUUGGACUAAAAAUUAUUUUUUGUGUUCCUAACGUUGGACUUAAAAAAAUGGUUCUCGAAUAUGAUAUGUUUCCAUUACAUUCUAAAAGAUAAUCAUAGGGAAUUUUCGACGCCAAUGCGAGGUAGCAAAUGCUUUCAAAGCGUGUUCUGUCAAGGAUGAAUAAUGGUUAGCAACACUUUUCUUAAUCCGAGUACAGUGUGAACAAGAAAAAGUGUUUCUGAGUGUGAAAUAUGAAGAGGCUUUGUGAGAUCUCAAGAUGAACUGUCCCCUCGUUCCUGCCCUUUACAUGACACUCAGCCUCCUAACAAUGGCUGAGUGUGUGCUGACGAUAUUUAUAUACAUUAUGGAGAGACGUCUGCGCAAAAGGACAACAAGCCCUUUCGUGUACAGUCUAGCAGUUAGCAUUGCUUUGCUAUCAGCCAUUUCUUUCAUUUUUAACGCCAAGCUUCUUCUUUAUUCGUGUCGGAACAAACGAACCAUAGAAUGGUGCGUCAUUUUGUCUAUUUUUCUGAGGUACCUGCACGUCGUCUCUUGCAUGGUACCGACCUGUACCCUGGCGCUGUACCGAUACCUGUACCUGUGUUGGCCCCUCCACUACCUGAUGCUCGUCACCAAGCGCCGCUGUUGCUACGUCACUCUAGCCUGCUGGACGCUGCCCAUCGCCCUGGUCGCCGUUCCGUCUGCGAUCGACGGUCAGGCUCCGUGCGCUGACAUGCGGGUGGCAGUCUCCUUCUAUGCCACCUACAUCGCCCUGUACAUCUCAGGAGCCCUCGCCACCUUCGUUGCAUACCUCCUGGUGGCGCUCGAGUUCAGGAGGAAGCGCCAUGCCUUGGCUCUCGGCAGCGACGUGGUGAGGAGCGACCGCCUCGUGAAAGGGAGAACCGAGAGAUCCGCACUCUCGGUCCUCGCCCUCUACGCUGUCCUGUCUCUGCCUCACGUGAGUACAAAAUCCAACCUGACGCCCUUGCGUUUCACGUAGAGCAAUGCAGAAAUUCAAACCGUAAAUCACACAACAUAUCAUACGUAAGUCUUGAGUUCCCAUCUUACCAUCUUUACUUUUUGAAAACUCACUUGCAUGAAAGACAAACCCGAAUCAUAAGUUAAUAUAACACUAUCACACAUAAGUCUCGGGUUCCAGAUUAUAAUGUUAGUGGUGACGCGGAUG